AUCAAGAUUACGGCAAUGGCGGAUCAGUUAGUACUUCAGAAGUGGUUGAUAACGUAAUUAUUUGGGGGUGUAUCGCGUAAAAUUUCAAGUAACUGUUGGUCUUUUAAUACUAGAAAAGUGGUAUUUUAAAAUGUCUGCGGUUUUACUAUAAGAGCAGCAGAGUCUAGCGUUUUAAUUGUCUGUGAGGUUAUCGCAAGUAUUAACAAGAAUGUCUGAAGCUUCGGCAACUGGCUUCUAUCAACUAAGUGUAACGAUUGAAUGUGCGCAUUUGAGAGGCAGUGGAAGUUUUCUUAAACCGAACCCAUACGUAGAACUGUCUGUGGAUGACAAGGCGCCACGGAAGACCGAGGUAGUUAAGUGUACUUAUCAACCCAAGUGGAAUGAGGAAUUCACUGUGUUGAUAACGCCGUACUCACACCUCCACUUUCGACUAUUAGACCACAGCACGUUCCGCAAGGAUACAGUGGUCGGUGAGAAGAAGCUGAUCCUGUACGAUGUGUUGGCGCACUACAGUGGUCGCUGCGAGCACCUCGAGGUCACUCUUGACCUCAUGACUGAUGCCAAACAUGACCUCACACCCAUCAAGGUCGGUGACCUCAUCAUCCUCCUCAACGGCCUCAAGAUCGAUAUGACCACCUGCCCACCGGAGACUGCUCCGAGACAGGUUACGCCAUUAGCACCAACAAACAACGAUGUUGCCAACCGUAGUGUGCUGAAUGGAGGAGUGAGAGCGAGGAGUAGACCUCCAGGUGCAGAGAACUCAGCUCCUCCCGUUGGUUCUGUCGUGUUGCCCGAACUGCCAACAAGGCCUGUCAACUCAGUGAGAAGUGUGGUUCCGAACCCCGCAGCCUCUUCUGUAGUGCCUCCAAUGCAGAAUGGCUCCACAGGGCCCCCGCCGGGUCCGGCUCCUGAGCCUCCAGAGGCAAGUGGGGCCCCUGCCACAGAGGAACCUCUUCCUGCAGGAUGGGAGAUGAGGUACGAUGUGUAUGGUCGGCGGUACUAUGUGGACCACAACAGCCGCAGCACCUCGUGGGAACGUCCACAGCCACUGCCACAGGGCUGGGAGAUCCGCAGAGACCCACGUGGCAGGAUAUACUAUGUGGACCACAACACACGGACCACCACGUGGCAACGGCCCAACACCGAGAGACUCCAGCACUAUCAGCAGUGGCAGGGCGAGCGGGCACAUGUCGUACAGCAGGGCAACCAGCGUUUCCUCUAUCCUCAGCAACCAGCUGUAAACUCUGGAGCCACAGCCAAGGUGGAAGAGGAAGAUGCGUUGGGACCUCUGCCCAAGGACUGGGAGAAGAGAGUCCAGCCGGACGGGCGAGUGUACUUUGUCAACCAUAAGAACAGGACAACACAAUGGGAGGAUCCAAGAACACAAGGAUUGGAAGUAGCCCCUGAUGAACCACCUCUGCCUCCAGGAUGGGAAAUACGGCUGACGGAGGACGGUAUAAGAUACUUUGUGGAUCAUAACACUAGGACUACAACAUUUCAGGACCCUCGACCUGGUGCCCCUAAAGGACCGAAAGGAGUGUACGGUGUACCGAGAGCGUACGAGAGAUCAUUCCGCUGGAAGUUGAGUCAGUUCCGGUACCUGUGUCAAAGUAACGUCCUACCAAGUCAUAUAAAGAUCACAGUCACGAGACAAACACUUUUCGAUGAUUCUUACCACCAGAUAAUGCGGUUGCCAGCUUACGAACUAAGGAGACGCCUGUAUAUAAUCUUUAGAGGAGAGGAGGGAUUGGAUUAUGGCGGAGUGUCAAGAGAAUGGUUCUUUUUACUGUCACACGAGGUGCUCAAUCCAAUGUAUUGCCUUUUUGAAUACGCAAACAAGAACAACUACAGCCUACAGAUCAACCCAGCCUCCUACGUGAAUCCUGACCAUUUGUUAUACUUCAAGUUCAUUGGGAGGUUUAUAGCAAUGGCACUUUAUCAUGGCAGAUUCAUUUAUUCCGGUUUCACGAUGCCCUUCUACAAGAGGAUGUUAAACAAGAAACUCACAAUGAAAGACAUCGAGUCAAUAGACCCAGAGUUCUACAAUUCGCUGGUGUGGAUCAGAGACAAUAACAUCGAUGAGUGCGGACUCGAACUGUUCUUUAGUGUAGAUUUUGAAGUGUUAGGGCAGGUCAUUCAUCACGAACUGAAGGAAAACGGUGAUAAAAUUAGAGUUUGUGAAGAAAACAAAGAGGAAUACAUGAGGUCGAUGACAGAGUGGAGGAUGACGAGGGGGAUCAAAGACCAGACUCAAGCGUUCCUGGAGGGUUUCAACGAAGUAGUGCCACUGGAAUGGCUUAAGUACUUUGAUGAGAGGGAACUAGAGCUGAUGCUUUGUGGCAUGCAGGAGAUAGAUGUGGAAGACUGGCAGCGUAACACAAUCUACAGGCACUACACGCGCAACAGCAAACAAGUUGUCUGGUUCUGGCAGUUUGUUCGUCAAACGGACAGUGAGAAAAGAGCUCGUCUGCUACAGUUUGUCACUGGAACGUGUAGAGUGCCUGUUGGAGGGUUCGCAGAACUUAUGGGGAGUAACGGUCCUCAGAGGUUCUGUAUAGAGAAAGUGGGCAAAGAGACGUGGCUGCCCAGGUCACACACUUGCUUCAACCGACUGGACCUUCCGCCGUACAAGAGUUAUGACCAGAUGGUGGAGAAGCUGAACUACGCGAUCGAGGAGACGGAGGGCUUCGGACAGGAGUAACUUAUCAUUCCAGCGGCAGGUUCACACCUCGCACCACACCUUGUACUGUACAUUCAUAAACUAUCCAAUUAUUUGCUACUGAAAGUUUUAUUUUUGCAAUAAUAGUUAAGGUUUAAGGUAUCUUUAUAUUUUUUUAAACGUGACAGAGAUUAUAUUGAAAUCACAGUGGAAAUGUAUUUUCUUGAUAAAACUUUAUCCUGCUUACUUAACAUAGGUGAAAAUUAUUUUUUUAUGGUGUUAUUAAUUUAUUUUACCAGAUGAAUACCUGAACAUUGUAAAUUAUAUAUAUGUAUAUGUAGUUGUUUUAGUUGUUGAUUUUAAAGAUGUUUAUGUUCAUAAUUAUUUUAUUUAUCUUUAUUAUACGUUGCUUGUAUUUGAAAAUAAUACUUGAAGGGAUGUCAUUACUGGAUAUAAUAACUGAACUGAAAUAAUUGUCGUAUUCUUGUUUAUAGCACUCUACACCGCUUACGGUGAAUGUUAACCGUUGCAUCAAUAUACAAUCAAAUGUUUGGCCAAGCGUCCAGUGUAAAUCAUGCAUAUUUUGUUUUGUUAUUAAUGUUAUUAUUAUCACUUAGUAGGAUUUUAAAAUUAGUAAAAUAUACCAUCAUUGCAAGUAGCACAUUGCUGAUCAUUAUUUGUUAUUACUGUUACCAAUUUUAUGGGUUUCGAGUUAAUUUACGGAUCUCUUAGUAUUGAAAAACACACUGCAGAGAGCACCAUUGUGGAUGUAUGAUAAUGGAGAAAUAUUAUAUAAACGGGUUCUUAUGAGGGAAAAAAUUGUUCUUAUUUUGAUCAAUAUAGGAUAAUGAAUGAGGACAUUUCAAAAGCAGUGUAUACCAACUACAUACGAGUAUAUACAUUUUGGCUUGGAAAAGGAGUAUAUAAAUAGUUUUGAUUUUAUUGUCUUUACUCCAAUAAAACUGUUCUGCUUUAAAGGCCUGUCCUCCUUCAAUACUGGUUUUAUAAUGACACGGGGUCUGAGUUUUGGAAUUAGUAAAGAGAUGUUAGUUGUAUUACGUAGCAAGUACCUUGAAGCUCGACAAAUUAAUACACAACAAAUAUAAAUAAAUUUUACAUUAAAAUAGUUACAAAGUUUUUAAAAAUCAAUUCAUACUUUGUUAGAGUUUCUAGUGAGUGUGCUGUUAUAUAUUGCUCAUGUUAAGCAUUUAACUGCACUUUGCGUUCUUCUUGUAAUUCAUUUUGUAAGCGCAUUUUAUAUUUAUCUAAGCGUAAAACGCUUCUCCUUUUUUGCUUCUUUUGGUGCUUUCGCUUCUCUUUCUCUAAACGUUGCUUGCAUUGUGUUCUUUCUCAUUGUCAGUUUGAAUAGCCGAGAUCAUUACCGUUAAUCCGGGUUUAUUAUUUGAAUCCAUUUUAAUUCCACGCAUUAUUGUGGAGAAAGUUGGUACAAUAUAAUAGCUAUGUUAAAUUAAUAGUUUAUAAUUUGGUUACAACCAAUUCCUACAAGAGAAAGAAACCAUACACACAAAAACUCAGUCACUAAACAAUAAUAGCUAACUGUAGACAGCUGCUGUAAUUAAUUGAGUAAUCGGUCUAAAUAUUUUUAAAGUAACAUGUCAUGGGAUUUCAGUUUACAUGCAAAAUUUCAGCUGGAUCGAGUAAUGAAGAGUGGUUCAAUUAAGCAAUUUAUUUUUACAUAACAACGAUAUACACACGGAGAGAGUUUGCAAGCUAGUAAAUAAGAAUUGAAAAAUAUCAUUGAAUGGCUAACGUUACCAAAAUUACAUUAAAUUAUUUGUCCCUAUUUGUUAGUCAUUACCGUUAAAGUGAAGUUAAACUUAGUGAAGUUUCGAUGUGUUUUAGUUAAAAAUUACAAGUGGUAAUGUGUACUUGUUCUUUUUACUUUCAGCCUCUUUGCCUACUUUUUUUUUUAAUGUUGCGCAGUUUUGUAUAACUCUUUUUUUAAACUUUAGAUUGUAAAAACACAAACAAUAAACACAUUGUCCAAAAGCCAGUUUCCAAAAGUGUAUUCUCAAGUACAAUUUCUUUCACAACUUGUACUUUCAUAUAUAUUCAAAAUCCUAAAUAAGUAUAGGUCAUGGUAUCAUCAUUAAUAAAAGUGUAAAUUCUCUGAACCUUUGAAGUGUUGAUAGAUUUAUGAUUUUUAAACAAUUAAUUGUAAAUUAAAUUUAUGUAUACAAACAUCUGAGUUAUUUUUUAGGAAAAACAUAAUUAAUUAUAAAAGAUUUUUAGAAUUUAAGUACAUAUAGUACAUUAGGCAAGCACUACAACAUAUUUUAAAUACUGAAUCCAGAAUAAUUUGUUUAAAGAUAAUACAAGUAUGUAUAUCAAUAUUAUUGUGAUAUAUAUAGAGAGAGAAAUAGCUUAAUUUGUAUUUAUAUUUUUCUUGUUAGUUUUAUCAUUGUUUUUAGUUCCUUCAGUUUUUAUUAAUUCUUGUGAGUGCCAUAAAGAGGACUUUUUUUAGAAAACCAUGCUAAAUGUGCUGAUACUCUGACACCACUAAACUGUGCGUAAAAUUCACAAUCAACAGACAUUUUUGUAAAUUAAAAAUGUUUUUCAUAUAAUGUUUAGUUUUUUUAUAAUUCAUUUCAAACUAUUUUUCAGGACCAUACAAGGUCAUCUGUAACAAAGAAUUUAAAAACUACAAUUUAAUUACAACUAAAAUUGAUUUAGAUUUUUAUUGUUAUAAGAAAGGAAGGAAAAAUAUAAAGUCUUGUGUAAACAGUGGAAAAUGUUGCUAUGGCAUAUGUUUCCGUUAACACAAAUGUAAUUUAAUUUUGUUGGUUUAGUAGAGGUGUAUAUAGUGUAAAUAAUGUAUAUCAACUUUUGGGCAAAUAUAAAUAAGCGUAAAGAUUGGAAUUUGGAACCACAAUAAUAUGAUUUACCCAUUGGCUUGCUAAUGCCAACCAAAAACAUUAACUAUGUGACUGAUAAGAUAAGAAAGAAUUCUAAGCAUGUUCAGUGUUGCUAUCUAGCAGACAACAGUAUAACUACAUAGUCAAAGUUUCGUAAUGAGACUAUCCCAUCCGUUAUAUCCAUCAGUUAACUCUCGUUUUAGCAUGCUAAUGUUUUAAUAUUUCAUUUAUUUAAUGAAUAAACAUUGUGUACUCUACAAUCCUGUUAAACUGCUUGUUUGGAUUGUGUACAUUUUCCCUAAAAAAAUAUUUAACUCCAUAAAGUGUUUUCAAAAAACUAAUGUUAGAAUUGAUAUUUCACAUUUAUUACAUUACAGCAAAUAAAAAUGUCCCCACAGUUACAUUAUUUGUUAAAGUAAUAAAACAAAUAGUUUUAUACAAUUUAAGAUUUUAUAUGGUUUAGGUCAAUUUAUUGGUUUUUUUUCUUGUACAAACAUUUUUUCUAUUGCCCAUUUAUUUAUUUUGCCAGGUGUUCCUCACAUGUGUCUUACAAUAUGAAUUAGUUGAAAUAUGUUUUGCACAAUGUUUUUUUUUUAUCUGUGGCACUCACAGGGUUAAUAAUUUUGUUAUAAUUUAGUCAUAGGGAAAAGUCAGCGUUUUAAUUAUAUAUAAUUUAAAAUAGCUAACUACUAUUCUCAAAAUUUAAAUGUACUUAGAUCGACUUAACAAAUUUAAACAGUUAAAUUGUAUCUGCUACAUAUAUGAGAAUAAAUACAAGACUCUAAUAAACACAAUCUUUGUACCUUUCCAACAAGAAAAUAUGAAACUUGAACUUUUGAUCGUAGAAAGUGAUUUAUGUAACUUAUACUUUGUAUAUCUUUGGCUUAUAAUAAAUUAUAUGUGUAUAGUAUGUUUUGCAGCUGUAAUCUUUGUUUAGAUUCUUUUAGUUGUUGAAUUGUACUCAAAUACUAAGACUAUUUAUAUUUUACUUACUAUAGUUUUCGGGUGUAUUAUUUCAUUUUAUAUUUUUAAAAGGUAUUCUAUGUGAUGUAAGUAUUUUCCUUAUUUGAUAUUUGGAUUGUUACAUUUUACACAAAUCGCUAAUGGUGUUUUAAAAAUCUAUUAUCUUUUAUUUCUUAGUACUUUGAGUUAGCAAACACGUUUCUUAGUGUAGUACAUUAUAAAUAACAUUUGAUAGUUUAGUCUUGGAACAGUUUAUAUCAGAUUAAGUGAUCGCGAAAAAAUUCCAAAUUAUGAUUGUAUCAGUGAUGGUUGGACAUAAUUAUGUAAAUAGUAAUGAUGUUAUAGUUUGUAAAUAUAAAUAAAAUGUUGAUAUAUGUUUUAUUA